GCAGUGUUCAAAUUAUAGAAAGUGAAUCUUUCCACUGACUUUCUCUCCCUCUUCUAAUCUUUCCAUUAAACCAAACGCAGCCUUAAGUCUUAUUUCUGAGAACAGAACUUAUAAAGGGGUUAUGGUGAAUUAGAAGAACUCAGAACAAUCGUUCCGCAUCAGAAGUCACGUGCUUCGUCCGUGACUUUGUCUCCAUCACCCCGUUCUUUUCCGAUUUCUUCAAUACCUAGAGUUACUUCAACUUCAUGGCUUCCCCAACUCGUUUCGACGAUGAUUUCGAUUUCGGAGGUGAAAUUGGUGGAAGGCAUUCAGGUACUAAGAGACCGUCUCCGGAUUAUGACGAUGAAGAUUAUGAUAAUGAUCCUUUUGCACCGAAGAAGGCCAAAUCUAAAGUUGAAGAAACUGCCUCUGGUGUAACAACAGGAAUGAUCUUGUCACUUCGUGAGAGCCUCCAGAGCUGUAAGGAUCGGCUUGCUACAUGCCAAAGUGAGCUUGAGGCCGCAAAGUCUGAGAUUCAUAGUUGGCAUUCUUCAAUUCAAAAUGAGCCUGUUGUAUGUGCUGGGGCUACUCCAGAGCCAAAAAUGUUGAUGAAUUAUCUUCAGGCCCUGAAAUCAUCUGAAGAGUCAUUGAGAGAGCAGCUUGAAAAGGCAAAGAAAAAAGAAUCGGCAUUCAUUAAAACAUUUGCAAAACGGGAGCAAGAGAUAGCAGAGUUGAAAUCUGCUGUGCGGGAUCUGAAAGUACAACUCAAGCCGCCAUCAAUGCAGGCAAGGAGGUUGUUACUAGAUCCGGCUGUUCAUGAAGAGUUCACACGUUUGAAGAAUUUAGUGGAGGAGAAGGACAAAAAAAUAAAGGAUUUGCAAGAUAACAUUACGGCCAUAACAUUUACUUCCCAAAGCAAGAUGGGGAAGAUGCUGAUGGCUAAAUGUAGAACCCUGCAAGAAGAAAAUGAGGAGAUCGGAAAUCAAGCUUCUGAAGGAAAGAUACAUGAAUUGACGAUGAAACUUGCAUUGCAGAAGUCUCAGAAUACACAACUCAGAAGUCAAUUUGAAGGGUUGCAGAAGCAUAUGGAAGGACUGACAAAUGAUGUGGAGAGAUCAAAUGAAACGGUUCUUAUGUUGCAAGAGAAGCUAGACGAGAAAGGUCAGGAGAUCCAAAGACUGAAACAUGAACUCCAGCAAAAGAACUUAGCGGAGGAUGGAAGGUCUGAUGCACCACAUAGUAAGAGUGACAGCGAUAAGACGGUGGCUGAGGAGGAUAAGACGGUGGCUGAGGAGGAUAAGACGACAACUGAGGAGGAUAGGACAGCGACUGAGGAGGAUAAGACAGCGACUGAGGAGGAUAAGGCGGUGACUGAGGAGGCUGAGAAUUAAUUUUGGAUUAAUUUUUUGUAGGAAACUUUUUUUUUUAUUAUUAAGUUUCUACUGGUGGUUGUAUAUUAUAUUGAUCUUGAUUGAUUCCAUUUGAUAUACCUCUUUUUUCCAAGCAAACUAGCUGUUGUGAUGAGAAAUAAUUUUGAUCUUGCUCUAAAUGGAAUAUAAUCCUCAUUGGAGAUGGUGCUACUUUGUAACAUGAAAA